AUAUGCAACAUUUUUUGGUGUUAUGGCUUCGUUCUCGAAUUUUGAUUUAAAAGAACGAUUAGAUAUUAGUUUGAAAGAUACAGCAGCUUUAAGUUCACUAUGUAGAAAUACAGCUUCUGAAAUACAAUCAGGUUCUAUAAAACUGUAUACAUUUGUUGAGUUACUAGGUUCAUAUUUGACAGACCAUAAUGUUCUUACGAGAGAAAGAGGAGUUACAGCUCUUUCAUCGGUUUUAUCACAAUUACCCCAAGAUUAUCUUACUGAAUCAGAAUUGUGUUUUAUUACAACAUUUUAUUGUGACAGAAUGAAGGAUCAUUACAGCAUUAUACCAUCUAUGUUAAAUGGUAUUCAGGCAAUUAUAAACAUGGUUCAUUUACCGCAGAAUGCAUUGUUAUCCUUAUUAAGAGCUAUGUUUGAACAUGUUCAAUGUCAAUCUCAACUGUUACCUGAACGUCGCAAAAUAUACUUAGUACUUAAAAAUUUGAUAGAAAACAGAUUAAAUAAUUUGAAAUCUAUGGGACCAGAUUUAGUUUAUGGUAUUAUCAGCUCUAUAGAUGGUGAAAGAGACGCAAAUAACCUUAUAUUAUUGUUUACUAUACUACCACAUUUUAUAAAAGAAUUUCCAUUAGGUCAUUUAACUGAAGAAAUGUUUGAGGUUAUGGCAUGUUAUUUUCCAGUUGAUUUUAAUCCUUCUGGCACAGAGGAUCUAAAUGUAACAAGAGAAGAUUUAGCAGAAAAAUUAGCACCCUGCUUAUGCGCCGUUCCAGAGUUUGCAGAUUAUUGCUUACCUCUUAUAAUUGAUAAAUCAUAUUCUACUCUCAAAGUUGCUAAACUUGAUUCUAUAAAUUUACUCCAUGAAAGUGUUCAAAUAUUUGGAUUGUCAAAAAUAAAAUCAUAUUUACCGGAUCUAUGGACAACUUUAAAAAAAGAAAUAAUACCAGGAAGAGACAUUGAACUAAGAGACUCUGCUUUACAAGCAAUAACAUCUUUAAUUAAAGUUAUAUCAGUUGAUAAAACUGUUUGCAAGAAUUUUAUUGACAACAUAAUAACUGACACAAAAUCGUCGUUAUGCGAUGUGCAACUUAGUUUGUAUAGACCUGUCCAAAUACUACUGGAAACAAUAGCUGCAAUUAAUAAAACAACAUGUGUACAAAUAUUGCAAAUUGUAAUACCUUUAUGUAUUGGACAAUAUUCUACAAAGAAUUCAUUAAACGAUAAAAUUGCAUUGAUAGAAACAUUAAACAAUUUGAUGGAAAUAUGUUCUCGUCAUGAUUUUUGCUUUCAAGAUGUUCCAGAAUUAUCAUGGACAAAUAUACCUCAAACAUAUUUAGAUAGUUUAACAGUAGAAAAUAUUGAAUUAAAAAGUAAAAUAUUCUUUGGUUUAACGAUCCAAAAGGCACAUUUAAACGAUAUACAACGCUCUGUAUUAUAUAAUGCGAUAUGUAAUGAAAUUGAAACAGGAUGUGAUAAAAUUCAAAUUAUAUGUCAUACAACUAUUACAGAUUUUGCAACGUUGUAUCUUGAAGAAAUAGUAAUGUUAGUUAAAGAAAGAUUGUUAUCAAACAUAGACGAAAUGGAAGUAGAAUUAUUGAAACGUAGAAUAAAAGUUUUAUCAGCUAUUGCAAAAAUACCUGAAUUAGGUUAUAUAAUACUUCCGAAAAUUGUUACAAUAUUAACAACGGACGCUGUUAAUACUGAUAUAUGUACUACAGUAUUACUAAAUAUCCAGAAGUUAAUUGCUUUAAAGAAAUCUGAUUAUAAAAUACAUCAGUUUCUUUAUAAGGAAUGCCAUAUUAUCGAUAAACUAAUUUUAUAUGAGACAAAUAUUGUCGAUCAUAAAAUGUUGAUAUCAAACAUCUGCCAGUUAAUUGUGCGAAAUCUUACAAUCGAAGAACAACAUGCAAUUGUAGCAAAAUAUGCUACAGCUUUAGAUACAAAGAUUCCUGAAACUGACGUAAUUAUAUUGAUGAAUCUUUUUACUUCUUUACGAAAAGAUAUUGAUUUGAACCUAAAUAAUAAUAUGGUGGAAAAUCUGUAUAAUCUUGCAACUAGUAAUUGCGAUCUGGAUAUAAGACAAAUAAGCUGUAAAUUUUUAUCUGUAUUAUUAAAUAAAAUGAAAGUGUCAGAUCUUGACAGAAUUGUAUCUUAUCUAGAAAAUAAAAUAAAUAACAAUUUAAGUGUGGACAAUGAUAUUGAUUUGAAACAACAUAUAGUUAACUUUCAAAUUUGGAUGACUAAAGCACUCGUCAUGAGAGGAUACGCAAAGUCUCAAUAUUUUCUAGAAAAUCUUACACUCUUAUUAACUCAUGAUGAAAUAGGUCAAAUUGUAGGUGAACAAUAUCAAAUUUUAGUAAGUAAAUAUGAAGAUAUUUUGAUAACGGAAAAUUUUUGCGAUGUAAAAAUUUUUUAUAAACAAAGAGUGUUCGAAUAUUUGUUGCGACAAAAUAUUAAUUUUACAAGUACAAAGAGACAGAGUUAUCUUAUUGCUUUGGUAAAUUUACUAGAACAAAUACCUGAAGAGUUAUUGUUUCUACAUUUAACUGAGUUAGUACCGCUGUUGAUCGAGUCUCUAUCUCUUAGCAAUGAACAUUUAGUACUCUGGGCAUUGAAAUCAUUUAAACUAUUACUUGACACCAAACACGAUGUAUUUUCUGAUAAAUUACAAUGUGUUAUACCAAGACUUAUGCAAUUAUCACUGCAUCGAAUCAUGGGUAUUAGAAUUGCGGUUUUAGAAUGUCUAGCGCAUUAUGCUAACUAUCCCACUAUUCUAAUCAAUCCAUACAAACAAACUGUAUUAGACAAAUUGGGAGUAAUAAUCGAUGAUCGUAAACGUUUAGUAAGAAAGGCUGCAGUGAAUGCAAGAACACGAUGGUACUUAGUGGGUGCACCUGGAGAACAGUCAAAGGAAUGA